ACCAGCCGCUCACGGAGGCAUCUCGCAUUGUCCUGCCUACCUCUGUGCCUUAACCUGUGUAACACAGAUGCUCCUCUGCACUGUGUGGACAUUUCCUUCCCACCGGGCAGUAAGGGAGCUCGCUCAGCAGGUCGCAGGCGGCGGGAGCGGGGGCCCUAAAGUUCUGCGCAUGUGCGGCACCCGCCCCGACCACGCACCAGAGGGCACACGUGAUCUGCCCUUCUGCAGAGAUCCCGAAGAGUUCGGAAAGGAAGAGCAGGCUGCUGCUGACAAGACCGUGACACAGGAGGCAUUUCAGGGUGAAUGGGCUGCUCCAGCUUCCCAACAUGUGGGUCCUCAACCCGGGGCCACAGGCGGGUCCAAGGGCGCAGGUGCCCUCCGGGCCUCUUCAGCGGGCUCCUCCCGGGGACUGGUCUGCAGCUCCCGCCGCUCACGUCCCUGCCUGGGUAAGAACAGCCACUGAGUGGUCUUAAGCUCUUCUUUCACAGACUUCAACAGAAAACGGAAAACAAGCAGUUCCCCCAACCCCCGCAAAAAAGUGGGAAAGGGCCACUUUACGGCAGCAGAAACGAAGGCUUUGUAAGCAGUGCUUGCUCUGUAUUCCAGUAAUAACAGCAGGGCUGCGAAUGGAACCUGGGUCCUCUGAUUCCAGUUCUGCUUUCCGGUGAAA